CACACAGAGGAACGGACAGGAGCUGACAGAUGGGGCCACCAUCCUGCAGGAGGCACAGGUGCCCCACAUGUCCACAGGAGUGGCGCAUGGAGCCAGGGGGGAGACGUCACCAACCCCGAAUAGAAAUGAGACCUGUAUGACGCAGGCAGCUGCAGCUUCACCAUCAUCCAUGGGUCUGGCCGGUGCGCCCUCUACGCUUAACACACCAGUGCCCGUGAACCUGUUUGCUGCUGGGAAGGCGGACGUCUCCAGCCCCAGCUACGUGCCCAGGUGGUGCAGCCUGAUAUUGAAGAGACUAGUGGUGUUCAAGGGGCUGGAGAAGGAGCUCAUGUCCGUGGUGAUUGCUGCUAAGGUGCACGGCUCCAAGCACACCCUGCGGUCCCGUGAGAUUGUGCUGUCUCCCAGUGGAGAAGCAGAGACCGACCUGGUCCUGACCCUGUCACUGCCGCACAGCCACUGUUUAAAGGGAAAAAAGAACAAUGUACAGAUUAUGUUGCAGCAGAGGAAGAGCAGGAGCACCCGGGGCUACAAGACGCUGGCCACAGGCGCCAUCCACAUGGCCGAGGUGGUGCAGCGUGCCCCUGAGGGGGACCACGUGCUGAGCCUCUGCAGCAGUGUGCAGGAGGCCUCCCAGAAGGUCGCCGAGGUCUGGAUCUUGUCCCUGUCCAGCCAGCCCAUCGGCCAGGAGGACAGCACCAUGCAGGCUGGCCCCAAGUCCACGCAUAACUGCUCUAGGGAGGAGAAUGAGAGCCUCUCGUCUGACAAGGAGGCCAGAGACAGCGUGCACGGGCCGGACCUGGACCAGGACGACCUCGGCGUGGGGAAGCCCAAGAAACAGCGACGAUCGAUAGUAAGAAUGAAGUCCGUGAUCAGGGGAAAAAACUUCAAACAGAGGGUUGUGGCUCAGCUGCACAGGUUCAAAGCGUCGGAGGAGGUGUUGGACACAGAGCAGGAUCUUGAUGAGCACAUCCCCGAGGUGGAGGAGGACUUGGACCUGCUGUAUGACAUGCUGGAGAACCCCAGUGAGAGUGGUCCCGACACGGAGGAGGAUGACAGUGUCCCCAGCACCCCGAAGCCCAGGCUUAGGCCGUAUUUUGAAGGCCUGUCGCACUGCAGCUCACAGACGGAGCUCGGGAGCAUGCACGGCGCCCAGAGCCAGCAGGAGCCUGACCCCACUGAUAUUCCCGAGAAGAUUCGGGCCUCGGGCAGACAACCAAGCGACAGUGUCUCCAUCUGUAUAGCCCAGGGCACAACCACCCCCAGGGAGCAGCUGGCACAGCCCGAGGACACCCUGGAGGCAGAGUCCUCAGCCCUGGACGUGUUCAGCGGGAAGCGGCCGCUCAGCAGGUGCAUCGCCAAGACCAAGUCCCUCGUCAUCCUGUCCAGCAGGUCUGAGGGGAAGCAGGCUUGCUGCUGGGGCCGGAGCACGUCCCUGAAGGAGUGGCGGCCAGAACGGCCACAGAACGCGCGGGACAGCAGCCUGGACAGCGAGCGCUGCCCGGACACGUGGAGCCAAGCGCACAUCCCCAGGAAGACCAUGUACGACCAGCUAAACCAUGUUCUCAGCUCCGACGGGCAGCUGCCCGAGAACAUCAUCCUGGUCAACACCUCCGCCUGGCAGGGGCAGUUCCUGUCGGAGGUCCUGCAGCGGCACAUGCUGCCCGUGGUGUGCACCUGCUCUGCGGCCGACCUCCAGGUGGCCUUCGGCACCAUCGUCUCGCGGAUCCAGAGACACUGCCAGUGCAAUUCCCAGCCGCCAAGGCCGGUGAAGAUCGCGGUGGCCGGGGCGCAGCAGUACCUCAGCGCCGUGCUGCAGCUCUACGUGGAGCAGCUGUCCCGCAAGAUGCCCGAGUGGCAGGGCUACAUGUGCUUCCUGGUCAUCCCGCUGGGGCCCCACCCCGUGGCCAGGCACCUGGGCUCCGUGGACUACCUCUACAACCAGUACUUCCAGGACCUGGCCUGGCGGGGCCUGUUCAACAAGCUGGAGGCCCAGAGCUCCGUGCAGGACUCGCUGGACAUCGUGUGGAGGAUCACGCAGUACAUCGUGGGGGCCACCUGCGUCCACCAGCUGCCUGUCGUGGAGGCCAUGCUCGUCUGCAAGCAGAGGGGCCCCGAAGAGGAGUCCUCUCAGAAGUUCAUCCCCUUCGUGGGGCUGGUGAAGGUCGGAAUAGUGGAGCCGUCCUCGGCCACGUCGGGAGAUGCAGAUGCUGCGGCCCCCUCGGGCUCCAGCGAGCUUUGGUCCACCCUGCCGUCCACGUCUCUGGCCGCCAAGGAGGCCUUGCCCGCCCCGGCCCCCUCCCUGUCAGUGAGUGGGGGCCUGUCCUCCCCCAGCCAGGGCGUGGGCACCAAGCUGAUGGGGCUGCAGGUGGAUUACUGGAAGAGAGACGCCGAGAGGGACCACCUGCCUACCGCCAAAAACACACUCAAGGGCACCUUCCGGUCUCUCAGGGUCAGCAGGGCGCCCAGCAGUGAGGAGGCCGCGCCCACCAUGUCCAUGACCACGGUCACCAAGGAGAGCAAGCAGGCGAUGUUUCUGCCCAAGAAAACCAGGGACAAAGACGUGGAGCCCGGAAGCCAGUGCAUCGAGGGCAUCAGCCGCCUGGUCUGCAGGGCCCGGCACCGUCAGAGCCUGCAGCGGGUCGUCAUCGACGGCGUGGAGGGGAACGACGUGAAGUUCUUCCAGCUGGCAGCCCGCUGGCCCUCCCACGUCAAGCACUUCCCCAUCGGCAUCUUCGGACACUCCCCGUCCACCUUCUAG